UAAGCUUGCUUUGCCGCUCCAUUCUUCGCACUCUCGUUCUCAAAACCCUACAACCUCCAAAAUAUCUCGGAACUAGGGUUUUGUGUUAUUCCUUUUUUUCUCUUUCACAACCUCUCAAGUUUUCUCUUUCAACACCUCUCAUAUUUUCUUUUCUAUUCUGACAUGGGAAAGUCUAGCAAGAAAUCUGCUACCAAAGUUGAUGUUGCUCCUGUUGCGGUAGCUCCUACAAAGUCGGCGAAGAAAGGUGUCAAGAGAGAAGCUGAAGAUGCAAUUAAGGAGAAGCCAGUGAUUUCAAAGAAGCAGAAAGGAAAUGACGGGGUAGCUCAGGCUGUUAAGAAGGAGAAAGCUCAAGCUAAGACACUGAAGAAAAUAAAGAAAGAGGAAACCAGUAGUUCAGAUGAGGAUUCUUCGGAUUCUGAGGAAGAACAGGUUAAAGUUGUGGCCAAGAAGGGAGUUAAUGUUGCAAAACCCCCUGUCAAAGACUCCAGUAGUGAAGAUGAUGAUUCAUCUUCUGAUGAAGAACCCCCAAAGAAGCCAGUAGCUGCCAAAAAUGGCUCUGUUGUUGCCCCUGCCAAGAAAAGCAAGCCUGCUAGCAGCAGUUCAGAUUCCUCUGACGAUGAUUCUGAUGAGGAACCUCCAAAGAAGCAGGCAGUGGCUGCCAAGAAACCAGCUGUUGCUGCCCCUGCUAAGAAAAGCAAGCCUGAUAGUAGCUCGGAUUCCUCAGAUGAUUCUGACUCUGAUGAGGAUCCUAAAGCCAAGGUAACAGCAUCAUCAGCUGGAGCUAAAAAUGGCGCUUCUGCUCCUCCAAAGAAGAAAGGUACAUCAAGUGACAGUUCAGAUGAGGAAUCAGAUGAUAGCUCAGAUGAGGAUGAUAAAUCUGCCAAAGUGACUACCCAACCAAAAAAAUUGCCAGUAUCUGCUGCGAAGAAUGGGUCUGUUGCUGCUAAGAAAUCAAGUGAUAGUUCAGACGAUGAUACUUCAAGGUCUGAAGAUUCUUCGGAUUCUGAUGAUGAGAAUGGAGCCCCUGCAAAGGCUUCAGAAGCCAAGAAGGUUCCAGUUGCUAAGAAUGUUACUGCUGCUGCUCCCAAGAAAAAAGCUGAAUCAAGUGAUAGCUCUGAUGAGGAUACUGAUGAUAGUAGUGAUGAAGAUGAGAAAUCAGUUGUGAAGAAAGGAUCUGUUGCAGCUCCCAAGAAAAAGAAGUCCACCAGUAGCUCGUCUGAAGAUAGUGAGGAAGAGAAAAAGAUGGAUGCUGAUAGUAGUUCCGAUGAGGAAAGUGAUGAUGAGCCUCAGAAGAAAAAGCCCACUGUAACUGCGAAUAAUGCUAAAACUGUUAAAAAGGAAAGUAGUAGUGAUGAGGAUGAUGAAGAUGAUGAAGAUGAAAGUGAGGAGGAAGAAGCAGCCAAGACUCCAAAGAAAAAGGACGCUGAUGUAGAAAUGGUAGAUGCUGAUUCUGGAAAGAAAGCUCCCCAAACUCCCUUUUCUCCUCAAGGUCAAUCAACUGGUUCGAAAACAUUGUUUGUUGGCAAUCUACCUUUCCAAGUUGAACAAGCUGAUAUAGUACAUUUCUUUAAGGAUGCUGGGGAGGUAGCUGAUGUCCGUUUGGCAUCAGAUGCUGAUGGGAGAUUUAAAGGCUUUGGACAUGUUGAAUUUUCUACAGCAGAAGCUGCAAGUAAAGCUCUUGAGUUGAAUGGCCAAAUGUUGGGUAAUCGUGAAGUUAGGCUUGAUUUGGCUCGUGAAAGGGGCUCAUAUACAACACCUUAUAGCGGCAAAGAAACCAACUCAUUCCAGAAGGGAGGGAACGGUCAGGCCCCAACAAUAUUUGUCAGGGGUUUUGAUUCAUCACUUGGAGAAGAUGGGGUUAGGAGUGCCCUGGAAGAACAUUUUGGUUCUUGUGGGGAGGUUUCAAGGAUUUCCAUUCCUCAAGAUUACAACACUGGUGGUGUUAAGGGGAUUGCUUACAUGGACUUCACGGAUAGCAGUAGUUUCAACAAAGCCCUAGAAAUGAAUGGAUCUGAACUUGGUGGGUAUUCUUUGGUUGUGGAAGAGGCAAGACCAAGGGGUGAUGGCUCAGGCAGUGCCCGAGGUGGCGGCCGCAGUGGUGGGAGAAGUGGUGGUAGAGAUAGUGGUGGUCGGUUUGGUGGUGGUCGGUUUGGUGGUAGAGAUAGUGGUGGUCGGUUUGGUGGUAGAGAUAGUGGUGGUCGGUUUGGUGGUAGAGAUAGUGGUGGUCGUUUUGGUGGUAGAGGACGUGGAGGUGGCCGAGGUGGUGGUAGAGGACGUGGAACGCCUAAUAGGCCAAGCAUGGCUGCUGCUGGCACAGGGAAGAAGACAACUUUCAACAACGACGAUUAGUAAAGCAUUGAGGAAGACAGUUUUUCUUUUUUGGCAAGUUUUUUAAUUUUAUGAAGUGUUAGUAUGAUUGCUUUUUUUGAUAGUCUAGUAGAAUAUUUUGAGCUGUAAGAAUUCCAAGUAGUUUUGUUGUGUCAGAUAUUAUGUUUUAAGUGGCAUAUAUGUUUCUUAUUGAGCUAUUAGAACCUAUUAUUAAUUUA